AUGUCGUUUCACACACCGCCGCCGGGUGUACCCCAUAGCUCCGUCGGGGUUCUGCUUAUUGGAUUAGACAUCUCACUAGUGGGUUAUGGUGCCGCUUGCCUCCAGGCCAUCUACUACUUCAGACGCUUCCGCUCCGAUAUGCUACUUAUCAAACUCGGGGUCAUAUUCGUCUGGGUGCUGGAGACUGUCAACACCAUUUUUACUGCCCACACUGUCGCCCACUAUUUGAUCCUGAAUGGCGGAAAGGCCGAUGUCCUGUCCCAACCUCAGCCAUGGACCCUGCCUGUGCAAUCCAGCUUCAAUGCCAUACUCUCCUGCUUGAUGCAUGCUCUAUUAGGAUGGCGCAUAUGGAUUCUUAGCGAGAUGAACAAAUAUCCGAUAAUCUUUAUUGUAUUACUAUCCCUGGGCCAGCUCGUGUGUGGUUUUUCCGUUUCGAUCCAGGGGCUUGGUGGUUUCAGAACCUCAUCUGCAAUCGAAUACGGCAGGAUAAGCGUUCUCGCCGCUUUUGGAAUGACCGCCGCUGGCGAUAUGGCAGUGGCCCUUUGCCUUUGCUAUUAUCUUCAUAUCCGGAAGACCAGCAACUUAGCUUCCACUAGCUUGUUGAACAAGAUCAUCAUUCUGACAAUUCAUAAUGGCCUUCUGAGCAGCUCGAUAGCGCUCUUCGGUUUCAUCACAAUUUUGUCCAUCCCAAUGACCUGGGCAGCUAUGGCUUCGUGCUUCAUUUUAGGAAAAGCGUAUUUCAAUACGUUGCUCUCAACGCUAAACGCACGCAAGGCUUUGCGAGCCCAACUAGAAGGCAGGGAAGCUGGGGUAGGCACAAAUACUAUCCGCAGACAAUUGGACGAAGCGGCAUUUCGUGAAGAAAACAGAUUCGAAUUACCGGGUAAUAAAGAGAGUAGAUUUCUUAAAUAA